CACAGAUAUGAAGUAAUUUGUAAUUUUUAGAUAAAAUUUUCACGUUUCUACUUUUUACACUUGUAUCAUUUAUAAUUAAUUAUAAGGAUUGCAAAAUUUCUUUCACAAAUGUGCCGAAAUUACCAUGACUACUAGACAUCGUCUAAAUAGAGAAGAAUUGAAUACAGGGCUAUACAAACUCCUUAAUAUUACAGGUACAAAGGAAUAUAGUAGAUAUUAUCAUAGACUUACUCCAAUAUAAUCUACUACUUUACAUUUAGACGAGCCUUAACGUUUGAUCAAAUCGAUACGAAAUAAAUGUAUUAUAUAUCCAUAUUGGCAUUCCUGGCAAUUGCACGUUUAUAGACGUAAAAGACAAGUGCAUGAUAAUCCUCUGUACACUCCCAAGGAACAAUGAACUCCCAUGAAUGACAAGUUUUAUUUACGCGUAAUUGGAUACAUCGAGAAACUUUGUAAAGUCGAUUUUCAUAUCAGAAAUGUUGCAGAAUAUAAUUACGAGUUUUCAGCCUUAACUUGUGAUCGACCACUGAGAAAUUGCAAUUUCGUUAGCGACUAUGUAACUACCGCAUGACGUCACGUUGGAGGCUGUUAGUGAUAUCUCUUAGACCUUUAGAUAGAGGCGAUUCACAGUCUCUAAAAAACUUCUACUACAAUCGGUUGCUGCAAUAUACCAUCCGCGUUAGUUAAAAAGAUGUUCGGAACGAAAACUGGAAACGUGGAUAACUUUCAGGAACGUGCGGACAUUUCCAACGCGUUCGAAUUAUCUUACUACGAAACGCUUGGACAUUACCUAACUCAUGUUGGGGUACAUCCAUUUCAAGAUGAAAAAGAGAGCGUUGUACGAUUGACUCUGCUAGUAACGUUCUGGAUUACCGGUAUCACUCCGAUGUAUAUAACAAUUUGGGAAACCAUACGUAAAAAGGACUACGAUAGGAUGUUUGAGGAUUCACCGCAAGCACUUACAGCACUCAUUAGUCUUGUAAAAUUGUUAAAUGUCUAUUCAAAUAGAUCACGCUUUCAGUACUUAUUCAAUUAUAUAAUACGGGGAAGAAAACUAAUGAAGACAGACAUCGAAAGGAGGGUGCUAAACGACAUCACUAAGAAUGGAACUGUGCUCGCGGAUAUUUACAGGAGAUGCUUGUUACUUGCUAUGACAUUGUUUAUCCUUCUGCCAUUGUUCAAUCCCAUUAUGGAUAUUUUAGCGCCAUUAAAUGAAACUCGGCCACGUCAACACUUGUUUCACGUCAAUUACGUGUUCAUGGAUGAGAUGGAACACUUUUUCUCCGUAUUCGUACAUUUAGGUGUUGUCGCAGUUGUGACCGUGUGGUUCAUAAUUAGUAUAGAUUCGUUAUAUAUUAUUAUCAUACAUCACGCUUGCGGAAUGUUCGCAGCAUGUGGGUACAUAGUUCAAAAUGUAACCGAAGAAAUCAAAGAUGAAAAAAAUUUCACGGGUACUUACGAAUUCGAAGAGUAUAACCGAUGUGUCAUCGUGCAUUACGAAGCCCUCCAGUUUUACGACGUCCUGAAUAGUUGUUGCCGAAACUCGUACUUGAUUCAAAUGGGAUUAAAUAUGGUAAUCGUCAGCACGACAGCAGUUCAGGGCUGUUAG